AUGUCUUGGAUUCCUCAGCAACCAGGGCUGCAGGAAAUCUUGCAGACGAUUCAUGAUUCGACUGAUACAUCGAACAACCAGACCCAGCGCAAUAUAACUCACAAAUUGAACAGUUUCACGCAUGCGCCGGAUUAUAUCGCGUAUCUUGCCUACAUCCUCGCGUCACUGCCGCAAGAGGAGGACCGGAUCCGCACCAUUGCCGGCUAUUUGCUCAAGAACAAUGCCCGCCUUAUUCUCCGUUCGUCGCCAGAGGUUAUCUCGUUUGUCAAGGCGGCAAUUUUGCAGGCGUUCGGGGAUCCUUCUGUCAUGAUUCGGAAUACGGCUGGGCAAGACAUUGUUGCCUUCCUCGGUAUUCUUGAACCAAGAAACUGGCCGGAGUGUUUGCAGCAACUGGUGAACAACCUUGAUCUGCCGGAUAUGGAUCAGCAAGAGGCGGCCUUCAAUGUUUUGGAGAAAGCAUGUGAAGAUUACCCUCGCAAGUUGGAUGUCGAAAUUAGCGGGACAUGGCCCCUGGAGUACAUGAUCCCGAAAUUUCUGAUGCUCUCGGAACAUCCACGCUCCAAAAUGCGUGCACACGCGAUCGCGUGUUUGUCAUAUUUCGUCCCGAUCAAUUGCCAGUCGCUAUUCGCCCACAUCGAUACAUUCAUCGCGUGCUUGUUCAAACGAGCAUCGGACGAGGACCCUUCCGUGCGACGCCACGUUUGCCAGGCGCUAGUGUUACUUCUAGCAUCGCGCCCGGAAAAGCUGAUGCCCGAGAUGGCGAAUGUCGCGGAAUAUAUGCUCUAUUCGACAAAGGACAAGAACGAGAAUGUUGCACUGGAGGCGUGCGAGUUCUGGUUAACUUUCGCGGAGGAUCCUGAACUUGCGCCAUACCUUCUCCCGCUUUUAAGCAAGGUGGCGCCGGUGCUAUUGGAUUGCAUGGUGUAUGGCGAGGACGAUUUACUCUGGCUUGAGGGUGAUGCGGAAGAUGCGGCCGUACCAGACAAAGAAACGGACAUCAAACCGCGACAUUACGGGGGGAAGAGUCAUGGUUUCGAACGUGAGGGAAUUGAGGCUGAUGGGUCGAAGCCCCGAGUCGGCGCGUACGGGGAGGAACUAGAAGAUGACGACGACGAGAGUUUCGAUGACAUGGAUGACGAUGAGUUCGCAGACGAGAUGUCGACCGAGUGGAAUCUGAGAAAAUGCGCCGCUGCCGCGUUAGACGUUCUUGCGGUCCGAUUCGGGGCGGAUCUGCUCAAUGUGCUUCUUGAAUCCCUCAAGAUCAAACUCUGGAGUGAUGAUUGGCUUCAAAGAGAAAGUGGCAUCUUGGCUUUGGGCGCAAUGGCUGAAGGCUGCAUUGAUGCUGUCGAGCCACAUCUACCAACACUUAUUCCUUAUCUUGUCAACAUGUUGAAUGAUCCGAAGCCUCUUGUUCGAUCGAUCACAUGCUGGACCUUGGGUCGAUAUGCGAGUUGGUGUACACAAUCGUAUGGUGACGAUCACCGGAAUCAAUUCUUCAUUCCCACUUUGGAAGGACUUCUGCGCAUGGUGCUCGACAAUAACAAGCGGGUACAGGAAGCAGGAUGUAGUGCAUUCGCGACCCUGGAGGAAGAUGCCGGAGCCGAACUUGCACCGUUCUUGGAACCGGUACUCCGCAACCUGGUAUUCGCGUUCGACAAGUACCAGCAUAAGAACAUGCUCAUUCUAUAUGAUGCAAUUGGUACCUUAGCUGAUGCCGUAGGCGUGGCGCUUCAAAACCCGGCAUAUGUGGAGAUUCUCAUGCCCCCUCUCAUAAAGAAAUGGGGCAAGCUGAAGGACGACGACGAAGACUUGGUCCCUUUACUCGAGUGUCUUGCUUCGGUCACUAUCGCCAUGGGACCUUCGUUCCUUCCCUAUGCCAGUCCAAUCUUUGAUCGGUGCACCAAUCUCGUACACAACGCUCUCCUACAGUAUCAGGCAUUCCAGCAGAAUCCUGACAUGGAUGAACCUGACAAGUCAUUCCUCGUCGUAGCUCUUGAUCUCCUGUCAGGCCUAACUCAAGGCCUUGGGAUAGCGCUCGAACCGUCAAUUACCAACUGUCAACCGAACCUUCUGUCAUUACUAACUGUUUGUCUCAAGCACCCUCAAGCACCAGUCCGACAAUCUGCGUACGCGCUCGUUGGCGAUAUGGCGAUGAACUGCUUCCCUUUGUUGCGCCCUCACAUGACCGCGGUCAUGCAGGAACUCAUUGAGCAGCUCGAUCCUGAACCCAAAGUUGAAUUUGUGAGUGCAUGCAACAAUGCAGCUUGGUCUGUGGGAGAGGUCGCGUUGCGUUAUGGACGAGGUGAGCGGCUUGCCCAACGGCUCUUCCUGUUGUGGUUGUCUAAUGUGGAUGUAGAUGAACCUGAAUUCCAGCGCUGGGUGAACCCGUUGAUAUCCCGACUCGUCCCUAUACUCCUCCAUCCCAAGGCGCCUCGUAGUUUGCAUGAAAAUGCCGCGGUAUCAAUAGGACGCAUUGGCUUAAUGCAUCCUGCUAUGGUCGCACCACUCUUGCCAGAAUUCGCUCAGGCAUGGUGUCAGGCUCUGUACGAGAUCCGAGAUAACGAGGAGAAGGAUUCUGCAUUCCGUGGUCUCUGCACGCUAGUUCAGACCAACCCUGCGGGUAUCAUGAAGAGCCUCCUGUGGUUCUGCAAUGCCAUCGUUCGAUGGAAUCACCCUUCACCGGAGCUCAACUCAAUGUUUCAGCAGCUUCUCAACGGGUUCAAGCAACAUGACACGGUUGGAUGGGCAGCCCAAGUUGCAACCUUCCCACCAACUAUCCAGGAACGGUUGGCACAACGAUACGGUGUAUAG